AGUCAAUUGUGGACAGCUGACUCAAAUUUCACUUGUCAUAUGACAUUUGACAGAGAAACGAGAGCAACUGUCAAUCAGCUGAUAGUAUUUUGAAAUUUUUUUGUUACCGAUUUUAAAAAUAAUUUAAAGAUUUUUGAAAUUUACUUCUCCAAAUGUCGGCUGCUAUCAAAUUCGGUUCAGCUCUCAAAGAGCUGCGAAUUCAUCUGUGCCAGAAGGGUGCUGCCAGUAAAGGCGUUAGAGAAUUUAUCGAAAAACAUUACGUUGAACUGAAGAGUAACAACCCUAAAUUCCCAAUUUUAAUCAGAGAAUGUUCUGGUGUUGAACCAAGGCUGUGGGCAAGAUAUGAACAAGGUAAAGAAAAAGCGGUAACACUGAGUAACUUAUCAGCAAGUGACGUCCUUAACAGGAUAUCUACAGCAGCAAAGGAACAUUGAUUUAAGCAGAAUGAAAAAAGACUUGUAGAUAUUAAUUGUAUAACUCAUAUUUCACUGGUUCUGUUCAGUAAAAAAUAGUCUAAUAUUUGGUAUUUUAUAUUCUACAAAUCUGUACCCGAGAGCCAGACUAGGUUAAGUCCAUUUUUGACAAAAAUGAGUUUAACAUGUUAAGCUUGCGAUAAUAUUGUGUUUUCAUUUGCUACAUGCAGCAUCCAUCUCUCUGUAAUAAUACUUCCCAUACAAUAUAAUGCAAGAAAAAUAUUUUUAAUACAUUUAUCUCAGAACUACCUAUUUGGAGCCUAGUCUGGCUACGAGGUACAGAAAUGAAUCCCAUGGUAACCUUUGCUUAGAAUUUUCCACAAUAUGUCACACAUCAAAGCAAGAACAACACUUGUCAGUAUGUUGUUUUGUAUAAUGGGAAAGUUUUGGUAUGUAAUUACAUUUUAACUAGGCC